AUACGCUAGUGUGUUUGUAGCCUUAUCAGAAACGCAGACGUACACUGGCUACGUUUAUUAGAAUCCUGCUCGAGAAAUGUAAGCUUUUGUGACAGCAGUCUUCAAUUGUCAGCGAAGCAACAUUGUUGCAUCUUGGGCUGUCAUUUCAGCGUGUUUCAUUUUGUUUUUCUCAUAAUCCGUGAUACCAGCAGCAGAGAUCGGUAUUUUCCCUUACAAAGUGUGAAGACAUAGUGUCAAAAAAACAAAUGAGUUGGGAGCAGCCUUUUAUACUACAGUCCUACAGUCAUCUCGCAGUGAACCGCUCUCAUCCGCGCGUGCUAGUUGAUUCCUCGUGAGGAAUUGUCACCCUCUUAAAAUAUAGAUUGACGUUAAAACGACAAUCGUAAAUUACUGGAAGUGAUAACUGGAAGGAGUUGGGUCAGAAAAGUGGUGAAAAAAUGUACUUGUAUCCGUGGGACGAAUUGUCCUGGCGAUCGAAGACAGAGCCAAUAACUCAACCAAUUUCUGAGCCAGAAAUAAUCGGCUAUUACAGUAUCGAUGGGCAAAGAAAUUAUUUGGCCAACUCGUCGAACAUGUCUUAUUACAAACCUCCUGAACUCGGACGAGUUUAUAUGGAUUUGAACCAAGGUAUCGAAUCGGCAGUGUCAACGAAUCGCGUGUCCGAGAACGGCUCUAUGUGCGACACAUUGGAGUGGGUCGGCCGGAACGGCACGAAAAUUCUUGCUUCUCAAACCGAUAAGUGGAUCAAACCCAAAUUCGUCACCUCAGGGGGCGUCUUAACGAGGAUUUUGUAUACCCCCUACAAGCCGGACACUGAUUGGAUAAUAUGUGCAGCCAAAUUGAAGGGAACGAUAUAUUUAUGUCGUUUUUGGACCGAGCAAGAGAAGGAUUUGCAAACGCGGAUGCCGCGCCAUUACACCUCCUGGGGAUACAAAUUUGAACAAUACAUGGUCUCAGAUCAUCCGGAUAAAAAACCCGACACAUUCCGACCGGUGAUUGAGCCCGCUGAAUUUCGAUGCAUCUUCAAAAGACACUUCGGUAAACACGAGGUAAACACGUUCAGUGCCGAAAUGGACGCAGUUUGUUCAAAAACCGUUCUCAACGACCCUCUCCCACUGAAGAAACUCAAAUUCAUCGAACUGAAAACCAAGAAAACCAUAAGCCGCGACGCUCAAAUGAGAACAUUCCAUAGACACAGCACUCUCCAAUGGUGGGCACAAAAUUUUUGCACGGGAAUUGAAGAAAUCUUGUGCGGCUUUCGUGAUGACGACGGAAUCGUGCGGAGCUUGAAGCUUUAUUCGUGCGAUCAACUCAUCCAACUCGGCGAGCCAUACUGGAAUCCGGCAACAUGCAAAAAAUUUUGUCAAAAUUUCCUCGACUAUGUCGACAGAACUGUUGUCGAAGAUUUCGACAAGGUCAUUUAUAAGUUUGAAAAAAAACUUCAGGGUGGUAUCACCUUAACUCGAGAAGAGCCAACUUCAUCGUACGCUUUUCUCCCAUCUUCGUUCAUUGCGAAAACUAGCUAAACGAACGAGGCGACCAUUUUUUUCCUUUUGUUUCUCAUGUGCCUUACAGGAAUAUCAUUUAUCCUGCUUUUAAACAUAAUUAAGUCUUUAAUAUAUUUUUUUAUACGGUGCAGCAAAAUGCCGGACGAAAAGUAGACGUUGUCAUUACGCACUCGAUGCGAAACCAAAAGUCUCGUCGAUACCAGCCGGUUUGAUUACACUUAAAUGUAUUUUUUAAAAUUAUUAAUAAAUCUUGACAAUUGUUUCAA